UCGUCGUUGUGUCUCAAAGCCGCUGUUUCCUAAGGGCGGUGGGCAUGUAACCCGAAGCCUGGGUCCUAGAGCCCAGGAACAGGAGCAAGCUGAAGGCCAGAAGCCCGUUCCUUGGCCUUGGAAAGUUAGAGCAGACAGGGUACUUCCUUCUCUGUUGAUGCUGGGAAAGUUCUAGUCUGAAACAGCGGUCGCUUCUGUGACAUCAUAGAGUGAUAGGCGGGGCCUCCUUUUGUUGGGGUCCAAUCAGACUCGGAGUUGGGCUUCUGGGCGGGUCCAAGGGAACCCUAGGGAAUAUCUCUGGGGAAUUCGGUCCCUUGUGGGAAGCUAGAAGGCGGAGGCUGUGGGAGUGCCUUGUAGACAGGAGCUAAUCGUGACUCCGAUCUCAGUCAAAAGUCCCCUAUACCACGCAACCAACCUCGCCGUCGCCCCCUGGAUCCUUACUUUGAGUGGUGGGAAAAUAGAAUGGAAGGACGUGGAGCGGUGGUCUAGGGCUCUCCAGCAAACUCUAGUGUUUGAGGGUACAACAGUCAGGAGUCGAGGUCGGGCAGCGGCUGUUUAGGGUGGGACUCCUCGGUUCCCUAAGGAGAAGGGUGCAGCCUGCAAAUCGCGGGUCCGUGUCUCAGGGAAGGGCUUCUCUCGGUUUGGCGCUCACCUCCUCUGGGUUUGGGGUGAGAAGACCCUCCCCCGGGGUGUGCGCGGACUGCGCGCUCUGGCGGCGAUGGGGCCGCGGCUUCCUUUACUGGUGGCGGCGCUGGCCGGCUGUCUGCUUUCUGCGCGGGGCUGUGUCACGUGUGAUUCAGAGGUCAUGGAGGCGCUAAACUCCUUGGAGAAGGAUUACCUGCCUGGCCACCUGGCGCCCGAGCAUCACGAAAACGUGAUGAAAAGGGUAAAGGAGGCCGUGCAGAAUUUCAAGGAACUGCCGUUUGACGAGGAUUCCUAUAUGGGGGUCGUCGGUGAGGGCAGGGCGGAGCGCGGACUUUUGGGACCUGGGAAAGGAGGGGUCUUGGGCUAGGAUUGCUGGGUGCACGGGGGAAAGCGCUGGAGGUGUGGACUCCUGGGUUCGGGAAUGGAGAAGCCUGGGAUGCAGAUGCCGGCGUUCUCCAGGGCCAGCAAAUACCGUGUUCCCUUACCUCUUAGCAGCAAUUUUGUGCAAUAAAACUACAACUCCCAGAAGGCAACGGGCGGGUAAUCCCUUAACCAGGCCUAUUCUUGCCCAGUGGCCCCUUGGGUAUUGUAGUUUCUAAGACUAGGCGAGCGAAUGAGACAGUAACGCUGGAGUCUGGGGUUCUAUCUCCCCCCACAGAUGAGCCCACACUGAAAAAGGCAUCCUGGAAUUUGCUGAAGGAUCUGAAACGCAUCACGGAAAGUGAUGUAAAAGGUAAAUGCACAGAGUCGCCAGGGGAGGGCUGCAGAAUCUCUCAGCGAAGUAAUCGCUGGUGCCACCUGGUGGUCAGGUACUGGGCUCUGGAGCCAGACUGCCUGCGUUCAAAUUCUGGCUCUGUCACUUUCUAGCUGUGUGGCCUUGAGCGAGAGAUUUCGCAGCUUCUUCAUCUCUAAAAUGGAGACCAUAACAGUGCCUUCAUCCCAGUUCUUGCUUAGUCCGGUGGCCAGCAUUAUGUUAAAUGGUCAUCCAUUUUCACUAUUCUUCUCUGAGAAGGCCCAAAAGCAGAAUGCCAGGCUUUGCAGACAGAGGCAAACUUCCUGUACCUCACGCCUGGGACAGGCGGGGAGAGGGGUGGGGGGGUGCGGGGGGGUGGACCCCUCUGCGUCAUCCUGCUUCUUCUUAGGUGAGCUCUUCGUGAAGGAGCUGUUCUGGAUGUUGAGCCUGCAAAAGGACACCUUUGCCAGUUACGCUGCUCACUUUCAAAAAGAGGAUUUUUGUCCCAACAAAUGUGGUAUGAUGCUACAGACUCUGAUCUGGUGCAGUAACUGUGAGAAGCAGGUUCACGCUUGUCGAAAGUCCACGGACUGCGGGGGUGAGAGCUGGGCCCAGCAGGCGGGGCUUGGCGCGAGAGGGGCGGAGCCAGAGGGGAGACUGAGUCUAGAGUGGGCGGACACCGGAGCCAGCAGACAAGAGAAGGCGGGCCGAGACCGAGUGGAAGAGGGUUGGGGAAGGGCCAGGAAGCGUGAAGGAACAUGCCACAGUAACCCCUCAUCCCCAGAGCGUCAAGUCAAGGUCCAUCGAAAGGAGGACAUGAUUCUGGACUGUGAACUCAACUGGCAUCGUGCCUCUGAAGGCCUGACCGAUUACAGCUUUUACAGGGUUUGGGGGAAGAAUGAUGAGACCUUGGUGUCCAAGGGGAAAGAGCCCACUCUGACCAAGACCAUGGUGGGUCCAGAGGAUCAAGGCACCUACCGCUGUGAGCUGGGCACCGUGCAAUCCGACCCAGCCACGAUCAUCUAUUUCCACGUCACAGUGUUGCCCCAAAGAGUGGAGGAGGAGAUACCGUCAACAGACAUCCCAAACCAGGGUGAGGUGACUUUGGGUCACCCCCAGUCGAACACAAGCCUCCAGUAUCCGCUGUCCCAGUCUCCGAAUCCUGUGAAAAUGCUGAGAGGCCGCCUGCUCGGGCUGCUGAUCUGGGGCUGUGUGGUGCUGAUCGCCGGCGCUGCCACCGUGAUAUUUUGCUCUCGUUCUGGGAAGAUGCUUGAUUCUAUAAAGUCCUGGUUUGACACGGGCACUGAAGCUGCUCAACACCCCGAAGUUCCAGAGGGAAAGUCAUGAAAUCAAGG